GCCCCUCGGUGCCUCUCCUCGCGCAGCCGCCGCCAAAGCCUGGAGAAGUGGAAUCUUGCCGCCGCCGCUCCCUGCGCGGGCCUCGCGGAGCCGCACUGGGCAUGCUCAGUCGCUGGAGCCAGUGCUGCUCUAAGUAGGAAGCUCGCGUGCUGCAACCCGCAGCUGAUCUGGGCGCUCAGCGGACUGCGAGACCUAGGAGCCGGAGCCAGAGCCGAUAGAGCGUCGCGUAGUGCUGGUUGGAGCAUCUGUGGGGGAGCUGCUGUGCUCUCCAGCCAAGCAUGCUGUGGUCGGAUCUGCCCAUCCCUGGACUAGAGACCUUUGCUGGAUGGAAAAUCCAUAAACGAAAGCCCCUGUGAAAAGCUGACUUAGACGCCGACUCCAGUGCUCCCAGCUAGCCAUCUCACUGUUUCCAGAGUCCUUGGGAGUUCCGGAGUCCCCUGGUAACGCGCUGACUGUCGCUAUGGGCAGAAGGUACCCACAGGCUCGCCGGUGUCCAAGCAGCUCAUAUUGCAGAUUAUAACCCAUUUCCUGCACCAUUGCUGACGCCCAGAGAUCCAUGUCAGAAGUACUUCCAGCUGACUCGGGUGUUGACACCUUGGCAGUGUUUAUGGCCAGCAGUGGAACCACAGACGUUGCAAAUCGGAACAGCCCAGCCACACCACCAAAUACUCUUAAUCUCCGGUCCUCCCACAAUGAACUGUUAAAUGCUGAAAUCAAACACUCAGAUGCCAAGAACAGCACCCCCCCGAAAUGCAGGAAGAAAUAUGCACUGACUAACAUCCAGGCGGCUAUGGGGCUCUCCGAUCCAGCCGUACAGCCUCUGCUGGGAAACGGCUCUGCCAACAUCAAGCUGGUGAAAAAUGGGGAGAACCAGCUCCGCAAGGCUGCAGAACAGGGGCAGCAGGACCCCAACAAAAACAUCAGCCCCACAGCGGUCAUCAACAUAACUUCUGAGAAACUGGAGGUGAAAGAUCUCCACCCUCCGGAGUCCUCAGGCUGUGAGAUUUUGCCCUCCCAGCCCAGGAGAACUAAGAGCUUCCUCAAUUACUAUGCAGACCUGGAAACCUCCACCAGAGAGCUAGGGCAGAAUCUGGGCCCCUGCCAAGGGGUUGGGGAGGAGAAAGCCCAAGGCCCAGGCCAGGCCCCUGUAGUCAUUGGGAAUGGUGACUCGCUGCUGCAGAAACCGAACAGACCCCAGUCUAGCCCAGAGGAUGGCCAAGUAGCUACAGUGUCAUCCAGCCCAGAGACCAAGAAGGACCACCCUAAAACAGGGGCCAAAACUGACUGUGCGCUCCACCGGAUCCAGAACCUGGCGCCAAGUGACGAGGAAUCCAGCUGGACAACCCUGUCCCAAGACAGUGCCUCGCCCAGCUCCCCAGAUGACACAGCAGAUAUCUGGAGUGAUCACUCAUUUCAGACGGAUCCAGACUUACCGCCUGGCUGGAAAAGAAUCAGUGACAUUGCUGGGACCUACUACUGGCACAUCCCAACAGGAACGACUCAGUGGGAACGGCCUGUCUCCAUCCCAGUGGACAUCCAGGGUUCUAGGAAAGACUCUCUUAGCUCUGUGACGUCAUCUCCCACCCCAGAGAACGAGAAACAGCCAUGGAGUGACUUUGCUGUUCUGAAUGGGGGAAAGAUUAAUAGUGACAUUUGGAAGGAUUUGCACGCAGCCACAGUUAACCCAGACCCCAGUUUAAAAGAGUUUGAGGGAGCAACACUGCGCUAUGCCUCCUUGAAACUCAGAAAUGUCCCUCAUGCUGAUGACGAUGAUUCUUGUAGUGUCAACAGUGACCCAGAAGCCAAGUGUUUUGCUGUGCGCUCUCUGGGCUGGGUAGAGAUGGCAGAGGAGGACCUUGCCCCCGGGAAGAGCAGUGUCGCUGUCAACAACUGCAUCCGGCAGCUUUCCUACUGCAAAAACGACAUCCGAGACACAGUUGGCAUCUGGGGAGAGGGCAAAGACAUGUAUCUGAUUUUGGAAAACGACAUGCUCAGCCUCGUGGACCCCAUGGACCGCUCCGUGCUACACUCGCAGCCCAUCGUGAGCAUCCGUGUGUGGGGAGUGGGCCGAGACAAUGGCCGGGAUUUUGCUUAUGUAGCAAGAGACAAAGACACGAGGAUUCUGAAGUGUCAUGUGUUUCGAUGUGACACGCCAGCAAAAGCCAUCGCCACAAGUCUCCACGAAAUCUGUUCUAAGAUUAUGGCUGAACGGAAGAAUGCCAAAGCCCUGGCCUGCAGCUCCUUACAGGAAAGGAACAAUGUGAGUCUCGACGUCCCGUUGCAAGUAGAUUUUCCAACACCAAAGACGGAACUGGUGCAGAAGUUCCAUGUGCAGUACCUGGGCAUGUUACCCGUGGACAGACCUGUCGGCAUGGACACCCUGAACAGUGCCAUAGAAAGUCUGAUGACCUCAUCCAGCAAGGAGGAUUGGCCUUCGGUGAACAUGAACGUGGCCGAUGCCACAGUCACCGUCAUCAGUGAGAAGCUGUCUGACUUCCCAGAGAGCACGGGUGCUGAACCAUGUCUCUUACAGAGCGAAGAGGAAAUCUUGGUGGAGUGUCGAGUGCGGUUUCUGUCCUUCAUGGGUGUCGGGAAGGAUGUCCACACAUUUGCCUUCAUCAUGGACACUGGGAACCAGCGCUUUGAGUGCCACGUGUUUUGGUGUGAGCCGAAUGCCGCCAACGUGUCAGAAGCCGUCCAGGCUGCCUGCAUGUUGCGAUACCAGAAGUGCUUGGUAGCCAGGCCACCUUCACAGAAAGUCCGACCUCCACCCCCGCCAGCGGACUCAGUGACCAGAAGAGUCACAACUAACGUAAAACGAGGGGUCUUAUCGCUCAUUGACACAUUGAAACAGAAACGCCCCAUCCCAGAAACACCCUAGCAGCUCUGGGCUCCGGGAUUCUGUCACUUUUACCUGAAGAGCAAAUGUCUACACUAAAGAAGCCGACAGCUGGCCUUCCAUUCAGUUGCUGAUGCUUUGUCUCCAGAGAAUUCAUCCUUAACCAAACAGUGUUAAGACCAAGCAUGUGACCGCGUCUUGCCACCACCAUGUGCUAUGAAAAGAAGCAUGAGUUGUUUUUGUUUUCUGUUCCCGUAAGUUCCAUCAUGAGCAGUGGAAGGUCUUUUACUGUAAAUAUUGUGAGCAGGACUUCACACACUCUCCGAAGAAUGUGGCCACACCCUUCCUAGAGAACUAAUGCUGCAUCCUUGGAGUGAAUGAUUCCCAGGUUCAUUUUCUGUCCUCUUGGUUGGAUCUGUCGCAAGCAACCUUGGGGUCCCUUGGCACUUUGCCUUGUUUUCAGCUUUCAGAAUUCCUGUAAAAAAAAAAAAAAAAAAAAAAUUGGGUUUUAGUUUUUCAUAAAAGUAAACCUGUCAGUUGACAAAAACUGGCUGUUGGCAUCAGUGCAGACACUAACCAGCCACUUUCCUCAGCGAGCUCUCUGAUGCAUGGACACCCCUUCAUGUCUUUGGGGUGCUGGGAAAAGGAAAACUUUAAAAUUGAUAGAAAACUAAAUUUGAGGAAUUAAAAAUCAAGCAAAAAAAAUAGCCUUUCUUUUCAGAUGGUUUUCAAAUUGGUUAUUUAAAAAGAGAGAGAGAGAGAGAGAUUAGCAGAUUCAUAAUACAUUUGGGAUGGGACAUAUUUCAAACUUCUGCCUUACAUUGUACAGUGCAGCUAGAGAAUUGAAGUAUGCUAUGGCCGUUCUCCACCCACACCUGAAAAUGAAAUAUUCCUACACUUUCCAUCCUUAGUUUGACGAGCUAAUAUGCAAUUUAUAUCUCUGUCACACACUAUGAUUUUAGCUCUCACUGUGUGAUUCUUGUUAGUUCACAUCCUGGAGGUAAUGUCCUCCUAGGGUUCCCUAUCUGCACAAGCUUUCGCUAUGCUUUUUGUCCAGAGAGCUGUCUACCCAUCAUAUAGUGUUCAUGGCAACAAAUUUAAGUUGUACUUUUCUUGAACUUAUGUAUUUAAUGUUAGAAAUUUGGUAAGACUUGACUAGAUACGUUUUAAAACUUCUAUUUUUCCAUUUUACUUUCAAAAGAUUCAAUUUUUUCUUAUCUGAGCACAAUAUACACAGAAAUAAUGGAUUGUUUGAUAGCGUUCCCCAAAUAUCAUUUUCUUUCCACUUUUUAUGUAGCUAAGAAACCUAACUAUAAAGAUACACAAAUUUAGACUCUUGUUGACAUUAUUUUAAAAGGAGGUUGCAAAGAUCAAUCUUAUAUUACUCUUGUUUACUUUUAAUGUCAAAAUUAAUAUUGUUAUAAAAGUAAUGCUUGUGUUUAUGCGCUGCUCUGCAGAUGUCCACAGUUCUAUCACAGUCGAGCCUUACAAGGUAGAAAAGGUACCAAACUCACUGAAGAAAUCAAAUACACAGGGUUUUGUACCAAGAGGCUAAGUGGCCGAGGAUCUCACCCAAGUUCCUGAGAGCCAGAACCAGGAUCACGUCUCCCAGCUUUUGCCACCUGAUGCCUCUUUCACACAAUCAGGAAGACCCUUCACAGAUGACUCUAGGUCCAUACACAGAACAGAUAAUGAAAAUACUAUCAGGCAAUUUCAGAAUCCUCGAGUGUGUUAAGGAAACCGUCCAGUUAAUCUACACAGUGGCAUUUAUUGUUAAGACCAUUGUCCUUUCUCGGUCCAGGACUGUGUUCCUCAAACAUGUGUAGAGGACAAAUGUCUGUCCUCAGCAGCCUUCCCAAGCUGAGAUUUUCUAGAUAUUACAUCACUUGUGUAGAAACCUUCCCGACUGUGGCACUUAGCAGCCACAGACUGCGUUGAAGUGAGUGUGUUCCACCUGUGGGUCCCUCAGAAAACCCAUGGCAUCAGAUGCAGAGAACCUGGACUGUUCUCUGGCAUCCACACACUACAAUAAAAGUGAUGUUCCUUGAGAAAAAAAUGCAUUAAUACUUGGUGCCAACUUGCAUAUUAGCUGAAGUAACUAGUGCCAUCUGAGAGAUUUCUGAGUUAAGAAAUUGUGCCCAGAGAAAAACUGUCCAGAAUCCAGUUAUAGUCUCUCAUUUGGGCUCCAUGGUGAAAUGUUUCAAUGCACUCCACUUCAAAACUCUAAAGUAAUCCCUGUUUCUAUAGGAUGUCUCCAUACAAGCCCUGUUCGUCUUUAAAAUCUACAUUUGUUUGUUAUCGGGAUCAAGAAUACUGAGCUAGCUUUAAGUAGCAAACUGAUUUAUAUAUGCAAUUUUAGGACUCAGUAAGAGGAAUGAUAGCCUUUGCGUAAGGGAAAAAACAACUCUUACUGCAGCUGUUUUGUUUUGAAAAUAGCUUUGCCUACUAAAUGCAGGUUGAUUUUUGUAAAAUGAAUUAUGUUAAAUGGUGUAUUCAGACAACUUUCUGCCAUGGCCAAAAAGUAUGUAUGAAAGUAUGUUUGCAUUUGUUUGUGAAAGGAUGCCAGUGUUUCACCUGAGAUCUUAGUGACUUCAGUUAUCUAUGCAUUCUUUAGAUCCGGGAUUCGGGAACAGGCAGCCGCGUUCACUAAGCCUUGUGUGUCUUAGCAUUUUUUUAAUUAACUUGUUAAAUACAGCUUAAAAUAUUUUUAUUUUAUUUAUUCUAUUUUUACUGAAGUAUGGCGCAUUAUUGUGUUAAUGUAUUCUCUUUCCCGGGUAUAACGUCAUUUACCUGGGUCUAAUUAAUCUCAGUGAACUACAUCGCCUACAAGGUGGUUUUGUAAUGAUUUGUAGUCACAUUUUUAUUGGAAUAUGUAGAAGCAAGGGCAGAAUGCUUAAAGUUCCUUUUAUUUUUUAAAAGCAACUAGGCAGGAGUGUUCUGCCUACCUUCCCUGUGCUCCGGGGCAGCAUCACCAUGGUAGCCAACAUGCCUAUGGCUAAGACCAUGUCUUUGUAGAUAGACUAAGGCACUGUGCGGUGCUUUGUUUUUAUAUCCUUCACAACUUGCGUGACGUCAUCAAAGAGCUACACAUCCAUCCACGUGCCCUUCGUUUCCACCUGGGUUCAGGAUCACCAUGGCUAAUUGGAACCAUUGUUUCAUUUGUCUGUCUGUCUGUCUGUCUCACUGCAUGAAGGGACAUUAGACCCAUUUCCAUUAAAACAAAUUCUUGGUGAUAUAACUGUUGGCACUGCUAUUUUUUUUUAAUACACAUUAGACAUUUAAGAAGGACACAGAACAAACCACUCAGAACAGGACCACUUAUGUGUAGCCCCAAAGCUUCCCUUACUGUAGGGCACACUCCCUGUAUGAGCAUUGCAACGCAAGAUUUCACAAACCACGUGGGAAAAUGACUCCCUAAUAUUAGCACAAUCAAGCCAAAAGCUCUGGAGUUGGCCGGGUUUAUGAACUUGUUUCGGCAUACUGGGGGUGUGGCUCAUGGUAGAGCACUUGUGUAAGAUGUGCAGGGCUCUGAGUUUAAGCCUUGGAACCAUGAAGGGGUUGGGGGGGGUGCACUUCAAGGCAAAGAUCUUUGCUUGCACCAACUGUGAGAGCAUUGCCAGGCAGCCGCAUUAGCCACUUCCUCCUAAAAGGACAUCUGGUUUUCUUUUUGAUGCCUUUUGCUGUUGACCACGUUUGCACAUUUAAAUGUAAGAUGUGGGAAUAGAUGUAGCUGUGUGCGAGGUUUGACUCGUUUCUCUGCCAGCACGGCCACAGAUAUAAGAAACAGAUGCAAACCUAGUGUCUCUACAGUAGUUAUUUUAUUUUUGUAUUAUUCUUACUUCAAAUUAAACUUUUUAAAAAUCAUUUUAGUAAUGUAAGCUUCUGCUUUCAUUAGUGUUUGCAUUUCCCACUUGGUGAGAAUGAGCUGGUGACUGUAAGGACUUGCUCUUCCCAUACUCUUCAGUCAGUAAAGAGCUGGUGUUCUGAACACAGAAACCCAUCUGGUCAUCAAUUGGAAUUUUUUGUAAGCAGUCUCAUAGGGUUAAGGUAUUUCAACAUGCACACAAAGUCUGCCUUUCAUUCUUGUAAGAAUCAAGAAUGGAAGUGGGCAGUGCAUUGAAUCCAAAAUGAAAGGUGGUAACCAGAGAGUCAGUUGGAUCUGGUUUUAACUCCCUGAUACACAGAAGACGAGUAAUUAAAAGUAAAUGCCCAAGUCGUUCAUUUGCUGUGUUGAGUUGUUUUGUCUUUGAGACUGGCCUUGAAUUCAUGCUGAUCCUCCUGCCCAGCCUCCUGAGUACUGGGAUUGCAGAUGUGUCACCACAUUCCACCCUCCCUUGUGCUGCUAAAGACAGUAACUCUCAAGGAACGGCAUUUCAUCUUCCUUCCAGGGGUUUUACACUGGUAAUAGUUUGGGGUAAAAAUCUGAACUUGUUUAGACUCUGGGCUCAAU